GAUAUAUUCAUCCAUCCCAACUUAGUAUUCACUAUGAAAGUCUCUACUUCCCGGCUCAUAGGGUUCUUCCUCUUAUUUUUCUACCAUUGCGAAGCAUGCGCAUAUUACAAGUUUGUUGUAAAGGAAGUUCCAUAUACAAGAUUAUGCAGCACGAAGAACAUACUUACCGUGAAUGGCCAAUUUCCGGGACCAACAAUAUACGUUCAAAAAGGAGACACCAUCUUUGUAGAUGUUUACAACAGAGGAAGCUAUAACGUUACCAUUCAUUGGCAUGGAGUGAGACAGCCAAGAAAUCCAUGGUCGGAUGGUCCAGAAUAUAUUACACAGUGUCCAAUUCAACCAGGAGAAAAAUUUAGGCAAAAGAUCAUUUUCACUACCGAAGAAGGAACUUUGUGGUGGCAUGCUCAUAGUGAGUGGUCACGAGCAACUGUCCAUGGUGCUAUGGUCAUAUAUCCCAAGAUGGGAACAAGCUAUCCCUUCCCUGAACCUGAUGCAGAAAUUCCCAUCAUUUUAGGACAGUGGUGGAAAGAAGAUAUAGUGAUGUUAUACGAGACAUUCCUUCCCUCCGGCAACAUAGAAAACGUUUCCAACGCCUACACCAUCAAUGGCCAGCCUGGUGAUCUUUAUGCCUGCUCUAAACAAGAAACAUUCAGAUUUAACGUGGAGAGGGGUUUAACUUAUCUCCUUCGAAUAGUCAACUCUUGCAUAUCAGAUAGCAACUUCUUCUCCAUUGCCAACCAUAAUCUCACUGUGGUCGGAUCCGACGCCAGCUAUCUAAAACCAUUCGAGAGAAGCAUCAUUAGCAUUGCUCCGGGCCAAACCAUUGAUGUCCUUCUAGAAGCCAACCAAAGUCCCAAUCACUAUUACAUGGCCGCUAGCGUGUACACCGUUCUUUUCAAAGGUCUCUUCAACAACACCACCACCACAGCUAUUGUAGAAUACAGUGGAAACUACACUCCAUCCUGGCCGCCAGCAUUCCCCUUUCUUCCUCUCUAUAAUGACUCACAGGCAUAUGAUAAUUUUACCGAAUCUUUUCGGAGCUUAGCUGAUAAAGAGCAUCCAAUUGACGUGCCAAUGGAAAUAAACACACAUUUGUUUUAUACGAUCUCAAUGAACAGUCUAUGCAAAGACAACUUCUGUCCAGUAGGAACGAAAGCAAUGAUACUGGAUUACAAUUCCACAGUGGAGCUUCUUUUCCAGGGGACAUCCUUGUUUCGAGGCAGUGACCAUCCAAUCCAUCUUCAUGGCUUUAGUUUUUAUGUUAUGAGGAUUGGUUUAGGGAAUUUUGAUAAGGACAAAGAUCCCUCAACGUAUAAUCUGGUUGAUCCUCCCCUUCAAAACACUGUUCACGUCCCUAAAAAUGGCUGGGCCGCCAUUAGAUUCCGAGCUGACAACCCUGGAGUAUGGUUCAUGCAUUGCCAUUUCGAUCGACAUAUGACAUGGGGCAUGAAUACAGUAUUCAUAGUUAAAAAUGGCAAAUCACCGGAGACCAAACUGUUACCACCACCACCUGACAUGCCACCAUGUUAGGGCUGUCUCCAUUAUAUCCUAGGUUGCAAAUUCAUUGGGUCAAGAAAUGUACGUCCUCCAAUAUAUAUGGAGAAAAAGAUAUACUGUAAUCCUUGAAAGUAUUUAGCUAAAUGUACAGUUCUGCUCAUCAGCAGGAUUGUUAUUGCCUUAUUAAUAAUAUUAAUUGAGAGUG